ACUUCCGCGUUUGAGUGUAUAUUCGUUGAUACAUCAUGUAGUUAGACAGAUUUGGUCUAUUGGAUCUCCGAGAUAUUUACAUUUUUUGACUGAUCUCUUCACUGAACACUAUUUUAAUACAGUGGAAAAACUGGACAGCCAUUUUAAUAGUAUCACAGAUGAUGGACGCCACUGGAGUUCUUCAUCCCUACUGGCCACGGGACCUCUUGAUUCCCACCUAUGUGGCCAAUGACCGAUCCAUGUCAGAGAUUCUGGUGUUCCUGUUUUCUGUGUCCGGGGUGUUUCUGCUUGUGACCUGGCUGAUCAGCGGACAGAACGGGACCACCGGCAGGCUGGGGACGUGGAGGCGUCUGGCCGUGUGCUGGUUCGCCGUUUGUGGUUUCAUCCACGGCGUCAUUGAGGGAUGGUUCUCGCUGUAUUAUGAUGUCAUUCCAGGAGACCAGAGCUUCCUGUCACAGCUGUGGAAAGAGUACUCCAAAGGAGACAGUCGCUAUGUAAUAGCGGAUAACUUCACUGUCUGUAUGGAGACGGUGACUGCAUGGUUAUGGGGACCUUUCAGCUUUUGGGCUGUGUAUGCCUUCUUAACUCAGAAGUCCUACAGGUUUGUUCUGCAACUCAUCAUUUCAUUAGGUCAGCUGUAUGGAGCAGUGCUUUACUUCUACACAGAGCACAGAGAUGGUUACGCUCACAGUGAGUUGGGACACCCGGUCUAUUUCUGGUUCUACUUUGUGUUCAUGAACGUGCUGUGGAUCGUCAUACCGCUUGCGCUCAUUGUGGAUGCAUGGAGACACCUUUCAGCAGCCCAGACACACGCUGACAACAAGAAGUCUAAGAGGCACUGACAGCAGGAAGAACCGACUGUGGGACUGUAGGACAAUUACUACAUGAAGCGCUUGGGCAAAAGUCAACUUUGAAAAGCACUACGUUCAAAGAUGGAACAUUAAACCGUUGAACCUAUGGUGUGUCAUGUUGUGUCUGUAAACAUAUUUUUUAAAGUGCAAUUUAUUCCUUGUGUCUACAACAAUAAAGCCUAAGUAGUUGUUUUAUGCUGUUCUAAGUCCUUCAAUUAGUUAUAAUUAAAUGUCUUAAAAAAC